UUGAUAUCGCGACAUAACAAUCUAUCUCUGUGCUAGGACGGAAAAAGGGUGAAAACCAGGGCAGUUGACAGGUGGCUUCUAGCCGUUUCUGUGUUUUCUCAUUUUCCAUGUCCUUACUUUGGCAUGUUGGUCACUUACCUUCCUAUACCAACCAACUUUUGAAGUUGUAUAUUUACUAAAGACCAACUAUCCACACAGCAUACGCUCCCUUUUAUUUUAAAUACUUCUCGUUCCUGAUCUACUUAAUUCCAUCCAUUCUUGUCUUUCGUUUGAAAACUAUAGAGAUUCUACAAAAGCUUUCGUUUCAUAUCCUACUCAACCCAGACGGAUUGGUAAUCAAUCAGCUCACACAGCUUAGAUAUAUACACUGCACACCUGGCCGUUAUCCUUAUGAAGUAGCCAACACUUAAACACACAUCCUCAGGAACAACAAACGAUGCGUUCCGCUUCUCAACUAUUCUACUUGGCAGUCUUUACCUGGUUAAGCCCAGUUAGAGCGGACAGCCAUGCUUCUAAAGCAAGAGCUCACCCUCCUAGUGCUUGUGCGAUCGACCCAAAAGCAACCGUGACAGAUGCUUGCGCUUCCUUCGCCACCCUCGAUGCUGUCAACGACAAAAUCGCCCCGCUCGUCCAAUCCAUCACUCACGAUACAGACUUUUUCUCUUAUUACCGUCUGAACCUGUUUAACAAACAAUGCCCAUUCUGGUCUGACGAUGUGGGAAUGUGCGGGAAUAUUGCUUGCGCCGUUAACAUUUUGGAUUCAGAAGAUGAUAUUCCUCCCAUCUGGCGUGCAGAGGAGCUGAGCAAGCUGGAAGGCCCCAAGGCGGGACAUCCGGGAAAAAAACUCCAGCAGGAACGGCCAAAGGAGAAACCACUCCAAGGUAUGCUAGGCGAGGACGUUGGGGAGUCCUGUGUUGUCGAGUAUGAUGACGAGUGCGAUCAACGCGACUACUGUGUUCCAGAGGACGAGGGCGCGACGGCGAAAGGAGAUUACGUUAGUUUACUGGAUAAUCCUGAGAGAUUUACGGGUUACGGGGGUGAAGGGGCAAGGCAUGUCUGGGAUGCGAUAUAUAGGGAGAAUUGCUUCUUGAAGCCACUCCCCAAGUCACAACCUCAAUCGUCCCGUAAUUCCCCGCUUAGUAAUCUCCAGGCGGCGAAGGAUUUCAAGAGUGUCCUAGACAAGCAUGGACGAUACCAAGUUGUCACCGCUGCGUCGCGGAAUGAGCCCUAUCCUCUAGACGAUGAGUGCAUAGAGAAGCGGGUCUUCCACAGAAUAAUCAGCGGCAUGCAUGCAUCCAUCUCGACACAUUUGUGCUGGGACUACUUCAAUCAAAAAACCGGACAGUGGCUUCCCAAUGUCCAAUGCUACAGGGAACGUCUCCACGACCACCCGGAGCGUAUCUCGAACCUUUACUUCAACUUCGCGGUCCUUGUUCGCGCCGUGUCCAAGAUCCAAAAGCUUCUACAAGCAUACUCUUUCUGUAACAGUGAUCCGCCACAGGAUUUCGAUACGAGGGUGAAGGUCCUCUCACUUGCCGACACUGUUUCAUCCCAGCCAAAGAUCUUCGACGAGACCACCAUGUUCCGCGAUGAGGCUGCCAAUGGCCUCAAGGAGGAUUUCCGCAACCGCUUCCGCAAUGUCAGUCGGCUCAUGGACUGCAUUGGCUGUGACAAGUGUCGACUAUGGGGUAAGUUGCAGACCGCUGGGUACGGCGCGGCGCUGAAGAUCUUGUUCGAAUUUGACGAGACGAAGAACGGCGAAAACCCGCCUCUGCGGCGAACAGAGUUGGUGGCUCUUAUCAAUACGCUUGGGCGGGUAUCGCAUAGUAUCACUGCUGUGCAGAACUUUGAGCAAGCGAUAGUAUCUGGCACAGAGGGUAACCUGCCUGUUCAUACGACCCUCCCGAAGGCCUCUCCACUCUCGCCUGCUGGGCCUAAAUCUGACAAAGGUGAUGGCCAGGGCGAGGAGAAGGUUAAUCCAUCGCGCAAAGAUCAGAAGCAAGAUCACAAGCGACUCUCGGUAGAGGAUCUAGAGGACGAUGAUGACGAGUGGGCGCAGAGGACAACUUCUAAUCCCGGCUAUACAAAGGAAAAGCAAGAAGAUAGUAUCAUGGAUGUUUUCCGAGAGGAAUUCGAAGUGGUGUGGCGGACGUAUUUAUAUGUGCUUAAUGGUUGGAUUAAGUUUCCUGGUAUAGCAUGGAAAAUCCUCAUCAUGGAGCUCAGCCGGUUGUGGAAUUUCUGGCUUGGAGUCCCCGUCCCUCCCCGUUCGUGGGAAUUCCGUUUCCCCCGUCGCGAUGAACUCUAGAAGUGCACUGGACGAGCUCAUAUACAAAUAUGUAUGGAGUAAAUGUCCAUUGUUGCAGUCUGAAAUGGAACAUUGUGCUAUCAUUAUCACAUACCCCGUCAGUCAUUUUUCUUCCAAGUUCCCUUCCAUAGGGGCAAUAUAGCGGCGAGAAGCCAAAAUUAGACACAUGUGUCUUGUUACUUUUGUUGUCUCUGUUGUUGAUGCAUAUAUACGUACUACCGACAACUUUCCACAACACGUAUAGCUGUACGAGUACAUGGAGUAUGUAGCACCAGGCGUUGGAGCAUUAUAUUGGACAGUUCUUAUAUUUUAUAUAUGUAUAUAUAUAUAUUCUAUUUUUUGAUUCCUUAUAAAAUUCUUCACCACCCGGGUUUCUCCAUCCACAAUUAAUUGUUCGCAACAUUUUCC